GAAACUUCCUUUUAUGAUCUACCAGCAAACAAAGCAAAGCACAGAUCCAAUACCCAAUUCAACUCAAAAACCCUAAUUACAAAAUCUAUAUAUUCCUCUCUCUUUCUUUGUCUUCGCCCUCUUUCCCUUGUCUACCUGCAAUUACAAUUAGAGUUAAAACAAUGGGAGUUCCGGUGAUCAAAUUCCCAAUCUUCGCUGUAGUCAGGUUACUGGGGUUGGUAGUCGUGGCUCUUGUGCUCAUAUGGACGGUGCUUUACAGGGGAGGAUUGGCUCUCGCCUCCGAUAGCAAAGAUCUCAUCUUCAAUGUCCACCCUGUUUUAAUGGUGGUAGGGUUCAUACUCAUGAAUGGUGAAGCCAUGCUAGCCUACAAGACAGUUCCGGGGACAAAAAGCUUCAAAAAAUUAGUUCAUCUUAUACUACAGUUCCUUGCUUUUUGUUUAAGCUUGAUUGGUGUAUGGGCUGCUUUGAAGUUCCACAAUGAUAAGGGCAUUGAGAAUUUUUACAGCUUGCAUUCUUGGUUGGGUCUAGUUUGCCUGUUCCUCUUUGGCAUCCAGUGGGCUGCAGGAUUUGUGACAUUCUGGUACCCAGGUGGCUCAAGAAAUAGCAGAGCCACUUUGCUGCCUUGGCAUGUAUUCUUUGGUGUAUAUAUUUAUGCCCUGGCUGUUGCCACUGCUACUACUGGUAUCUUAGAAAAAGCCACAUUCCUCCAAACCAACAAAGUAAUAUCACGCUAUUCUACUGAAGCAUUGCUAGUGAACUCGGUGGGUAUCUUGAUUGUUGUUUUAGGUGGUUUCGUUGUCCUCGCAACAAUUUCACCUCUGCAUGCCAAGGGUGAUGUCACCAGAAAUGCAACAGAAUAGGCAUAAAAUGUAUAUUACCAUUAAAUUGUCAUUGUCCAGCAGCUGUAUUAUUUACUGGGUGUGAAUCAGGGGCUUGUUCUUGUUACAAGAUGAAUAGAUCACAGAAAACUAAUUGAAAAUUGUGUUUGAAUAAUGGUAAAGAAAUGAUUAACUGGA